AUAUUUGAAGAUUUACCAGAUCAAAAAAAUCAAUAUAAAUUAGGUAGAGUAAAAAAAAUCUUAUGGAAUAUAUAUCAACAGAGAGUAAUAUCUAAUCCACAAUUCUAUAAUGGAUAUGUGAAUAAUAUGUUAAACAUAUUUAAUCCAUUACGAAUAAAAUUCAUAAGGAUCGAAGGAGUUGGAAAGAAGAAAGUAGUAGUAUUUGAUGGAAAAUAUGAUAGAUGUAAAGAAUGUAGACGACGUCGAUUUUAUUGUGAUAUAACACGAGAAUGUCAAUUCUGUAAGAUAAACAAAAUUAUAUGUGAUAAGCCAAAGAUUAUACGAAAGCGAUUAUAUUAUGAUAGAACAGGAAUUAGAUAUUGUUUACCUAUAAAUGAACAUAAUUUUGGAACCAAUAGGAUAAACUUAGCACAUGUGACAGAUAUAGAUAAUAUAGGAAAACGAGUUUGUGAUAAAUGUAGAGAAUUAAAAUUCUGUAAUGCAAAUUCGAUGAUAAAUAACAACUGCUGUGGAAUCACAACAUGUCAGAUGAAUAAUGUAAGAAAUCCAAUGUUCACAUUUAACAAUAUUGGAAUGUUUAUUCAUCAUCAUGUACUUUGUUUAGAGUGUUUUAAUUCAUGUAAAAAAGAUAUUCUUAUAAUCCUUCGAAAUAGUAAU